UGUUAUUUUGUGAUACAUGCUACAAGCUGCUAGCGAAAGAUAAACAUGGCAGAGACUCACAGCUUGCAGGACAUGAGGCAGCAGGCGGCCAUCGCUGCCAAAGUCUUCAUUCAGAGGGAUUAUACCAAUGGCACCGUGUGUCAGUUCCAGACCAAGUUCCCCUCUGAGCUGGAGACCAGGAUCGACAAGCAGCAGUUCGAGGAGACGGUCAGGACGCUGAACAACCUGUACGCCGAGGCGGAGAAACUGGGGAGUCAGUCAUACAUCGAAGGCUGCCUGGCCUGCCUGACGGCGUACACCGUCUUCCUGUGUAUGGAGACUCACUACGAGAAGGUUUUGAAGAAGAUUGCAAAGUACAUCCAGGAGCAGAACGACAAGAUCUACGCACCUCGAGGUCUCCUGCUCACCGACCCCAUCGAGAGAGGCCUGCGAGCCAUUGAAGUCACCAUCUUUGAAGACAGAAGCCUGACCAGAUAGAAGCUGCCACGCAUCCUCCCUGAGCGAACGCCGCCUCCCUCCACACUGCGUCUCUACAAUCCGUGCAAGUCGCUCUCAUCUCCAAGUCCAAAACUCUUCAUCUGACGUUUCUUCAGAUUCUUCUUCUGGCCGUUUCCUUCAGAUCCGUCACGUUUCUGCAUCUUCAGCACAAAAGAGGAAGACUCAGCCGUUUAUGAAGAGUCAAGCCGUCACCUUUCAGACUAAAUCUCACUUUUUCAACAGUAGAGUUUGUGCUGGUGAAGAACUUUUCUAUAAUCCGGUUUCCUUUUGGAAUCAGGAAGUGGACACAGGGUAACUCAUCUCUCUUCACUGUAUCUGCAUGUGUUCCUGUGCCGGUCUCCUUUCCCCUGCAUGUUCCGGAACAUUCCACUUCAAUUUGAACAUAUUCUAAACUUUAUUUUCAUGAUUGAAAGAAGCCAUGUCCUGCUCGCUCUGUAUUUAGCAUGUGGAACUAUCAGUGCAACCACUCCACUCAUCCUUUCCUUCUUUUUCUUGUUGUUUUUUGGAACCUGUGCCAUGCAUGGCGUUCAGUGACUGCUGCUGAUGUUGGACUCAUGCCUGGUGACGACAUCCUCAUAUAGUGAGAUUGCCUUUGACCGAAAUAUUAAAAGUGCUCUUGUUUGUUGA